AUGACCGGUCGAGGCAAAGGUGGUAAGGGGCUGGGAAAGGGGCAAUCCACCAAGCCCGCAAUCCGUCGUCUCUGGCUCGCCGCGCGGUGUCAAGCGUAUCUCGGUGGCCUCAUCUACGAGGAGACCCGCGGAGUGCUCAAGGUGUUUCUGGAGAACGUGAUCCGUGACGCGGUCACACAAACACGCGAGCACGCCAAGAGGAAGACGGUCACCGCCAUGGACGUCGUGUACGCGCUCAACGCCAGGGCCUUUGCACACUGUACGGUUUCGGAGGUUAAGCAGAGCCGAUGCUGCCGCCUGUUCCGCGCUAGGGCACACAUCGCCCCACGUGGGAGUCAAAGGCCUUUUUAA